AUGUUGCUCUCAGCCUACCUAAACAAAGAUGCCUUCUACCAGACCCUCCAGCUACUUCUCGCCCUGUUCGUUGCACGCGCGAUUGGCUACGUGAUUUACUAUCGCUUUUUCCACCCAUACAGAAACUAUCCUGGACCAUUUCUAGCCUCAAUCACGAGCAUCUGGUACUUCAGAGCCGUCAGAUAUGGACGCGCUCAGGACUUCCAGCUCGCCAUUCACAAGAAGUAUGGCCCGUUCGUUCGCAUCAGCCCAGAUCAGAUUCAGAUCAUGGAUCCUGCUGCGAUUGAGACUAUCUAUGGCCCGAAGAAUGUCUUCAAGAAAUCCGAAUUCUACGAAGGCUUCAACGCACACAUUGCCGAGCGUCGAGGUGGAUUCGAGGAGCACGAUGAACGCCUGCAUAUGAUCCGUCGUCGGAUCAUUGCGCCUCUAUAUACACAAGCAUCAAUCUUGGAGUUCGAGCCAUGCGUCGACCGGCUUAUUUCCAUCUUCUACCACAAGUUGCAGCAUUUCGCAGAGACCGGCAAACAAUUCGACAUGUCCGUCUGGUUGCGGAAGUACACAUUCGAUGUGAUUGGCGAGAUCUUCUACGGGCGACUGGGUGGCUUUGGUAGGUUUCGUCUCUCAAGCUGGAAUGUUGUGUACGAGGCAUUCGACACUGCGCAUCAGUCUGACUUGUCUUCUCCAGGCUUCAUGCGCGAUGAUAUAGACUACAACAGGUGGUGCCAUCUGAUGGACGUUAUGCCGCCGCCGAUCUCUGCGCUGACCUACCUGCCGUACGGGUUUCGAAAUCUGUGGUUCAUGUACGAGCUACUAUGGCCGUCGACCCGUGAGGGCGCGAAGGGACACUUCGACGUCGCCAAGCAGGCAAAGAUUGCUGUCAAAGAGCGGCUCAGUGAUAUUGAGAAAGCCAAUGCCGUUCCAGAAGACGAGAAACGUGCAGGUGAAAUUGUGCCAGAGAAACCGUUUCAGCGGCAAGACAUGCUCUCCAAGCUUCUCUCUCUUGUUACGCCAGCCAGUAGACCCUAUGACCAGAAAAUACACAUCAGCAUCCUCGACGUCGCCGCGGAAAUAUGGACUAUGAUCUGGGCAGGCAGCGACACUACGGCCAUCGCCUUGACUUCGAUCUUCUACCAUCUCCACUGGUUCCCCGUCACACUCGAUAAGCUGCGCGAGGAGAUCGACCACGCUUUCGCCACAGGUCAAUUGUCGUACCCACUACGCUUCGCGGACUGCAUCAAACUGCCGUACCUUCACGCAGUCGUCCGCGAGGCGAUGCGCGUUCACCCUUCCCUCGGCACAGGCUUACCUCGUAUCGUGCCAGAGGGUGGCGCCACUAUCUGCGGUCGCCCAUUCCCUGCCGGCUAUGGUGUGAUCAUGAAUCAGUGCGCAGUCCACUUCGACAAAGGCAUAUUCGGCGAUGACGCAGAGGAGUUCAUUCCAGAGAGAUGGAUCAGGGACGGUGAAGUGAGAGCGGCGACCAUGGAAAGGCAUAUCCUGCAAUUCGGAUAUGGGCCACGCAUCUGCAUUGGGAAGUGGAUCACGAUGGUGGAGAUGUAUAAGUUGCUGCCUACGAUACUCAGAGACUUCGAAUUUGAGGGAGUGGGAGAGGGCGGGAAGCAGGGAGUCUUGAAGGAAUGGAAGGUGUGGGCUGGAUGGUUUCAUCAGCAAAAGGGCGUGGAUGUCGUGGUGAGGAGAAGGAAGGGUCGAGAGCAGAGGGAAGAUGACGUGGUGGUUGAACUAGGAGACUGGGCUGUUCCAAAGGGCCACGACGCGUUCGUAAGUUGCACAGGCGAUAUCGAACAUAUCAGCUGUGACGAUGGCACAUUUGCAUAA